AGUCCGAGCAGCCCUGUGAGUGUGAGAGCAGGAAGACGGUGGUGUUAUAAAGCUUUAAAGCUUUUCUAGUCACUUCCUUUUACCACUAAGUUGUUUCUGUUAUUUAUUCCGUAUUAGGAAAAGUGCUGAAGUUUAUAUUUAUUUUUUUAAACUUUACCAGAACAGAUCAAGGUCACGCAUUUAGAUGCACACACACACACACACACACACACACGUGGGCUCUCCAAGCUGUGUAAAGGAUCACAGGUUUGUGCAUUAUGGCAGGACUGAUUAAUUUUGAGGACGAAAAGGAAGUGAAAGAGUUCUUAGACACUUUGGGAAUGGAGUAUAGAUAUCAGUGCUACCAGGAGAAGGACCCUGAAGGUUGUCAGAGGUUGGCAGAUUACUUGGAAGGGGUGAAGAAGAACUACCCUCAGGCUGCUCAGGUCCUCAAGCACAACUGUGAGACUUACAAUCACAGUGAGAGCUGCUAUAAACUUGGAGCCUACCAUGUCACGGGCAAAGGUGGUGUGACCGAGUGUCUAAAGAGUGCCUACGCCUGCUUUGUCAAGGCAUGUAAUACCAAAGGGAAGAAAUCAGUGGAUGCAUGCCACAACGUCGGCUUGCUGGCCCAUGACGGUCGAGCUUUAGAGGGUGGUCCAGACCCUGUGGCGGCUUGUCGCUACUAUGAGAAAGCCUGUAAAGAAGGAUUUGCACCGAGCUGUUUCAAUUUGAGUGCCCUAUAUAUCCAAGGCUCAGCAGAAGUGAACAGAAACAUGCAUAAGGCUCUAAAGUAUGCUGUGCGGGCCUGCGAGUUGGGCCACGUUUGGGGCUGCUCCAAUGCCAGCCGCAUGUACAAACUGGGCGAUGGCACGGAGAAGGAUGAGCAGAAGGCGGAGCAACUGAAGAACAGAGCAAAAGAACUCCACGGACAACAGAAAGAGAACCAACUGAAAUUUGGAGAGUGAGAGGGAGAAAAACUGCUAGAUUUAGUGAGAUAUUUAGGUUCUCAGUGUUGGGCUGCCUGCUAUACAAUAAGUCGGAACGUGUUAAAGGUGUAGCUGUAUAACGUAUGUAUGUAUUGGGGAGUGUUAAAGAGCUGUGACAUUACAUUUGAUUACUUGAUGGUUGCAAACCCAGACAAAUGAUCUUUAUGUAUCGACAUGCUGCAUGUGGAUAUUUGAAAUAAUUCUAUCCACAUUCACUGGAUAUGAGCAAUCGCAUGCUGUGAUUGGCUACUCUACUACUCGGCAAUCAGCUCAUAUACCGUGAGUAGAGAAAAACAAAACGGCGGAGCGUGUUACUGAGCCAACCAAGGACGAAAUAAAAACUACUUGAAAACAAAACCUCCCAAAAUACAAAAAAGCUACAAAAUAUGGAAAAAGUAUUUGAUAAGAAUUUUUUUUUCAAGAAUUAUAAUUAUCGCAUUUUUCACAAACUGCUACUGUCAUUUCACCGGUUUGUUUACAUUCUAAGCGGAAAUUUUGUCGGACGUUUUGUAAAAAAAUGUAUUGAUCGAAUUUGCAAAAAAUAAAAAUGCUCCGUUUCUCAAAAUCCAGUGAAUGUGGAUAGAAUAAAACAGUUAUUCCACUCAAUCUCACCAUACAUGGCUUAUAGCCGAGCCAACAUCUCAUGUACGACUCGAUUUCAUGGAAUAACUAACUGUUAAAUGCGUGAACUUUCCAAUUGUAAAUCUUGUAGUCUCGACUGGUAAUAAAGCUAAUUUUUAUGGUAAUAAAGAA